UAUAGGUCACCUACAGUCCAGCAGCCCAAGAUACAAAUUCAACUUCAUAGCAGAUGUGGUGGAAAAGAUUGCACCUGCAGUUGUGCACAUUGAACUUUUUCUCAGGCACCCUCUCUUUGGUCGAAAUGUCCCUCUUUCCAGUGGAUCUGGGUUUAUUAUGUCUGAUUCUGGUUUAAUUGUGACCAAUGCCCACGUGGUGUCAAGCACAAAUGCUAUAUCAGGGAGACAACAAUUGAAAGUGCAGCUACAGAAUGGAGAUACUUAUGAAGCAACCAUUAAAGACAUUGACAAGAAAUCUGACAUUGCAACAAUAAAGAUUCACCCUAAGAAAAAACUACCAGUAUUGUUACUGGGACACUCUGCUGAUCUGAGGCCAGGAGAAUUUGUGGUGGCAAUUGGAAGUCCGUUUGCCUUACAGAACACAGUGACAACGGGUAUUGUCAGCACCGCUCAGCGAGAUGGUAAAGAACUUGGCCUGCGGGACUCAGAUAUGGAUUACAUUCAGACAGAUGCUAUUAUCAAUUACGGGAACUCUGGAGGACCUCUAGUUAAUCUGGAUGGUGAAGUGAUUGGGAUUAACACCUUGAAGGUCACAGCUGGAAUUUCUUUUGCUAUUCCUUCAGACCGCAUCACUCAGUUUCUCACAGAGUCGCAUGACAAACAAAGUAAAGAUGGGAAGAAACGUUUCAUUGGCAUCAGAAUGCUGACAAUAACACCUGCCUUGGUGGAAGAACUGAAACACAAUAAUGCUGAUUUUCCUGAUGUCAGAAGUGGAAUUUAUGUACACGAAGUUGUUCCAAACUCACCUUCUCAUCGAGGAGGGAUCCAAGAUGGAGAUAUUAUUGUUAAAGUCAAUGGGCGUCCUUUGAUGACUUCCAGUGACCUGCAAGAGGCUGUGAUGAAUGAAUCACCUCUACUACUUGAAGUUCGAAGAGGAAAUGAUGACUUGCUAUUUAACAUUGAGCCUGAAAUUGUCAUGUAAAUAGAAUUGAGGAAGCUCUCACCAUAAUUAAACUCACUUAUUCUGGAACACUAGAUACCUCCUUUACAGCUACAGUAAUUAGACUUCCUGUUGACUAAUGACAAGGUGGACUAACUUAAUUGCCUGAGCCAUUUCUGUACAUAGUAGCUAGAAUGAAUUCAGUUAUGCCAUUUAUAGAAGAUUUAACUUUCAAAGAAAUUUAAGAACUGUGUUCUGGGGAGGGGGAGGAGGAAAACAGAUUUUGGGUAGCUGGCUGAAAUAGGGUCCACUUCCAGUUUCUGCAGGUUCAGAGCAGAUUCAGUUCUGCAUUUUGAAAGACAAAAAUACUGCUGGAAGUGAGGAAGCAUGCAGAACAGGGAAAUUAUUCUUAAACUACAGUCAUGUCUGCAGCAGAACCAGGCUAUUGCAAUGCACAAUUGAACUUCUUUUAUAUAACUUUUUCAAUGUGAAACUGAUAUUGGCAAAGCUUGUAUUUGUUCUUAGUACUUGUAUGCUACAUGUCAGUGCAGGUAGAUUAAAUCUGUAAAUAUCGAAAGGAACAAAAAUGGUAUCAGGCUAUAGAGUGUUACACCUAGGUCAUGCGAUUUUGGAAUAUAGUAAAUGAUUCUUAUAGAAUUAAUGCCUUAUUAUAUAUAAAUCAAAACGAUGUGCUGAACAAAGUUAAGUUUGAGAAAGUGCACAGUUUUUUAAGAAUUUGAUACAAAUUAGUUUUGCAUUUUACUGUUAAGCUUUGCUGUAAAAUUGUUAUACUACUUUUGGCUUGUACUGUGUAUGUUUCUACUGUAAGGAGAUUAAAGUUUACACAAAUAAUGCGUUGGUG